CCCAAGGUGCAAAAUAUUGCGACGGACGGAAGAGGGAGGAGAGCAAUGUGGACUCACGGGCAGAGAUAACCACCCCGACAUGUUUGUUCAUGUGAAACAUUUGGGGACGAACGCGGAUUAGAAUGUCAGUGGCCGGAUUGAAGAAACAAUUUCACAAAGCAAGUCAGUUGCUAAAGGAAAAGAUCAAUGGAGUUGAAGGAACAAAACUGGAUGAGGAAUUCCUCAACAUGGAAAGGAAAACUGAUAUUACCCACAAACUGAUUCUCGACCUUGUUCCAAAAACUAUAGGAUAUCUUCAGCCAAACCCAGCAUACAGAGCAAAACUCAGCAUGCUCAAUACAGUGUCCAAAAUUCGUGGGCAGGUGAAGGCUGUGGGCUAUCCUCAGACAGAGGGCAUUCUUGGAGACUGCAUGCUGCGCUAUGGCAAUGAGCUUGGAGCAGAGUCUGGUUUUGGUUUUGCUCUGCUUGAAAUGGGAGAGUCUUUGAAACAAGUAGCCCAGGCAAAAGACUGCAUGGAUGUCCGAGUGAAACGAACCUUCAUUGAUCCUCUGCUGUCCCUGCAGCACAAAGAGCUGAAGGAAAUCGCGUAUCAUCUGAAAAAACUUGAAGGUCGGCGUCUAGAUUUUGAUUACAAAAAAAGGCGUAAAGGAAAGAUUGCAGACUCCGAAAUUAAGAAAGCAUUUGAAAAGUUUGAAGAAUCCAAAGAACUGGCUGAGAGAAGCAUGUUUAAUCUCCUAGAGAGAGACGUACAACGUCUGCAACACCUCUCCGGUCUCUUAGAAGCAGUAAUGGACUACCACCGCCAGUCACACCAGAUUCUAGAACAUCUCAGGAGUAGUUUGCAGAGCAGGAUAGCAGACGCAAGCAAUCAACCCAAAAGGGAAUUUGCAUCUAAAUCAGUUGCGAGCACAGUGUGCUACACGGAUACUUAUGGAUUUUCCACAUGCUCAUCAGAUACUGAGAUUACCGAAGCUUUGAGUGAAAAAUAUGCAACGGUUGUGGUUCACCCUCCUGACAAAGUCACCAUUAAAGCUCAAACAACAGACAGGCCGUCCAGUGACAAUGAUAGCGGGCUCCCUUUGGAUCAGCCUUGCUGUCAGGCACUUUACAGUUUCCAGCCAGAAAACCAGGGCGAGCUGGGCUUUAAGGAGGGCGACAUCAUCAUUCUGACCAGCCAGAUCGAUGAAAACUGGUGUGAGGGAAUGAUCAGAGGGGAGGCUGGCUUAUUUCCCAUGAACUACAUCAAAGUACUUGUACCUCUGCCGCAAUGACAGCGGGAAGGCACUGCAGCUGGACAACAUGAACUGUGCCAGUUUUUUUAGAUUAAAAAAACUUUUCUUUAAAUAUUAUUGAUUAUUUGAUAACGAUUAAUAUGUGAAGCACUUCUGAGCCCAUGCUUUAUAUUUAUCUAUAUUAUCACUAUGCAAAGUAACGUACCCUGCCUUGUAUUCCUUAUCUGAUUAUUUUUUAUGAAUCUUAAAAUGUUAAAUAAAUAUGCUGCUAUAAAAAAACACAAGUAUCAUUUAUGUUAUACUGUAAGUGCACUAUGAAUGUUCAUAUAAAUUAUAAUUUUAAUACAAUGUGGUCAUGGACUGAUUAGUUUUACUCUUUUUAAAUAGCACUUAAAUCGAAAAAUUUAAUUACUUAUCCAAAAUUAUUUUAUUUUUUCUUUGUCUCUCCUUGUGCACUGCAUUAAAUAUUCUAGUACUGUUGGUCUUAUUGCAGAAUAACUUACGUGUACUUGUAUUUAAAAGCACUACAGACAUUUGAAUGCAUAUUCCUUGACAGACGUGUUCAACUUUGACACACAAAAUAAAUGACUUGCCUUCCCCACACAA